AUGCCAUCUAGUGAGCGAACCGACUCGAUGCUUAGUGAAAUCAGCAAGGACGAUUGGUUCGGAUGUAAUCUGAUAACCGAGCACCUAACCCGCACCGUCCUGCCGGUCCAACGAACUUCAUCAAAGUAA